GGGCCAUGCAGCUUCUCUGGUCCUGGCUCAGGAAGGUGGAGUGAGAGGGAGGGGCCGCUGCAGGUCAGGUGGCACACCUCUUGCAACCUGCCCAUUAGGCCAUGGCCCCCAAACAGGUUGAGCUGUUCUCUGAGGGUGCCAGGGCUUCGAGAGGGCUGCGAGUUGCACCCAGGGCCAGGAAGAGACAGCACAGGCCAGACCCCAGGCUCCGGGGACCGGCGGGCCUGCAAGCGGUCUGCCCUCUCCUGACCCCGGCUGGACCCGGUGCUGUGGCCUUCUCUGGCACUGGCACUGCCUUCCAUCUGGGGAGGCUGGCCAGGGCACUCUGGUGAGGUUGGGAUGCUUCAUGUCUGUGCUCGAGCUGUACCUUGUGUAUCUUGGAGCAAAGGUAAGGGUGGCAGCCCUCCUGCUGCUGGCAGGGAGGCUCCUGGCACAUCCUGGGGGGGAGCGGUGCCACCAGCACCUGGGAAGGUUCCUGUUUGCUGUCCUCUGUGGCUUACCCUUGAGUGGCUGCUGCAGACGCAGGAGGGGCGCAGACCCAGGGGCCGCCAGGGCUAGGUCGUGUCCCUGUUCCCCUCCCCUCCCCAGGAAGAUAGAGCAGAAGUGUGCCUGGCAUUUGCCAAGGGGUCUUGAGGCCUGGCCCUUGUCCUGCUCCAGUGUCAUCCCAAACAGGCAAGAGGGCUCACUGCUGUCCCCCGAGUCAACUGUAAGGGACAAGCCCAUCCCCAGUCAAAGCCCCAGGGACAAGGGAGAGCUGCCCCGCGCCCGGACGGAGGCCUCUGCAGUCACGCAAGCAGUUUUCUGCCUUCAGAUCUGUUCUCAGCAGCUCCCUCCUCCAAGGGGCUGCCCCACAGGUGACCUUGUGAAGAAACACGAGGCCCAGGAGCAGCACGGGCUGGCUUGCCAGGGGGCCCAGGAGGAAUCCCAACCCUGGGGCCAGCCACCCACUCCUCCAUGCGGGCGGACAAGCUCCUCACGCACCUGGCCACCUGCGCUGGAGGGUCUGAGAAGAGCCCAACUGCCAUCACCGCUGCUUCCGUUCCAGCGCCUGAAGGCCGAGCGAAGCCUGUCACAUCGGCCCCCUGGCCGGGAUGCCCCUUGUCAGAGCAUCCAGACCCGCCACACGGCAAUGGAGCUGGUCGCCCAGCUGCAGCACAGCCGAGCGCCUCACCACCCCUCUGCCCAAGGAGCACGCUCUCCACACCAAGUCCCGCACAGGCCCUGCACACCUAGAUGGAGACACGGGUGGCACCGGGAGAGGCGACAAGAGCCGGACAGCCACUGACCGGGGCUGGGGAGAGCCUCACGACGGCGAAGAGGGCCCACACCUUCAGCCACCCGGCACCCCUGGGAGCCCCCCCUGCCGCCAUCACGUGGAGUGGAGAGGUGGUGGUCCUUCUCCUGAUUCCAGAAAGUAUGACCUUUGAGAGGAGGCAGCCGGCAGACACCUCGUGACUGCAGGAUCACGCCCCCUGGCUUCCAAGCACCUGCGCCCGGGACCGGGGUGGAGGACGGGGUGCGGGCCCAAGGGGAGGCUUCUCUGGCCCUUCCCCGCUGACCCAACACCCCGUCAGCCAGCCCCAUUCUCACAUACAUUAGUUACUUUUAUAUAUUCAUAUAUAUAUUAUAGUUAUAUAUUAAAAAGAGAAAAAAAACUUGCCUGAAGAGAAAACUCCUGAAGGACCCAAGUGGCUCAGGAAGUUUACUGUCCCCUCCACCCACAAAAAUUCUCUUAUAAAAUCUUCCAGUGCGAUCUUCAGGAAACCCCGCCCGCCCCAGCUCCCCACCCCGCCCCGGCCCUCCUGUGUCCCCACGACCCCGGACUGCCCCCCAGCUCCAGCCCAGCGCCCGGCGGCAUCCAGUCUCAUCUCUGGCCAUCCAUCGCAGCCACGGCUUUCUGCUGGGUGCCCCCCUGCUGUGCUCCGGGCGGCCACGUGGGCUGCGGGUGGUGGAGAUGGUGGAAGCUGUGGGCCGUGGGGGAGGAGGGUGGGAUCCAGGCGGCCUGGUGGCUGGGCGGGGACGAGGCCCAGAAGGGGCUGAAGUUUGCUGGGGGGGAGCAGGCCACUGCGGUCAUGGGGCUAUUGCUGUUCUGCAGGCCCUCGGAGGCGCGAAGCUUGGAGAACAUGGCCAGCGCGUCGGGGAAGUUGGGCGGUGUGGCAGGCGUGUUGCUCGGGGUGCACAUCUGCUGGGAGAGAACACGGGUUGCGAGGGCUGCCUGCAGCCCCGAUCCCAGGCCACUGUCCGCGGGCCUACAGAGCCUUCCCACGGGGCUCACCCACACCGGGCCCUCCUUCCUCCCCGUUUUUCAGUCCAUAAGCGGUUUCAGCAGGACAAAAGCACCCCUUGCACCCUGAGCCAAUAAAAACAGAAAACCGGG